UCUCUCUCUCUCUCACUUUUCUCUCUAAUAAAACACAAUAUCAUAUGCACACACCUCUAUAUAUAACACUGUCCCCUCUCUGCUUUAUUUCUUUCCCUGUCUAUCUCUCUCUCAUCUAAGUUACUAAAAAGUCUCACAAACAUGUGUGGGGGUGCUAUCAUUUCCGAUUUCGUUGAUAUAAAGCCCAGCGGUUGGAGGCCAACCACUGAGGACCUCUGGUUCGAGCUUGACACUGCCUCUGAUCUCUUUGGCUUCAACUCCAAUGGCGCUUUAGAUGAUUUUCCAAACCCGUUUCCCCACCUCAAGGCCCCUCAAAAGCCCAAGAAACUCGAAAAAGUGAGGAGUGAGAAGCGUAGUGAUACCGAUGAGAAAGCCAAGCAAGUUGCAAAGAAAGAGGAAAAGAAAGAAAGAACUCGGAAGAACGUGUAUAGAGGGAUCAGACAAAGGCCAUGGGGCAAAUGGGCGGCUGAGAUCAGAGACCCACAAAAAGGUGUCCGAGUCUGGCUCGGUACUUUCAACACAGCCGAAGAAGCUGCUCUAGCUUAUGACCAAGCCGCCAUGCGAAUCCGCGGUGACAAAGCCAAGCUCAACUUUGCCCAUCACCACCACCACCAACCACCUCGACCUUCCACUCCUGAGCCGCCGCCGCCGGCAGCUAAGAAGCGCUGCAUCUCUCCCGAGUCAACUGAGUCGAGUUUUGAAACCACUGAGCCACCACCGGUGCUAUUGCAGCCACUGAUUCAGAACGAGAUUUGUUGCAAGAACGAGGUGGCUCAGUUUGAUCAUGGGUUUGAGCUGAAAGAUCAAAUCUCGAGCUUGGAAUCGUUCCUGGGUUUGGAGCCUGAGCCGAGUUUGGUGAGCGGAAGCGGAAGCGGAAGCGAGUUAAUGGAAUCGGUGGACCUUUGGAUGCUUGAUGACCUGGUUACGCAUCACCAACAACAACGUCAGCUUUUGUAUUAACUAGGGAAACCCAGAAGAACCAUGUUAUAUAUAAUUUUGAUUUCAAUUAUAAUACUUGAGGAUCAAAAGUCUGUAACCUUAAUCUGUGUUUAGGGUUAUCUCUUUUAACGCUUACUGUUCUCCUAGUCCUAUGUUUAUGUUUCUGUUUUUUGUGUUAUCUUUUAAUGCUUUUCGGUGUCGUAUACUCUAUACCAUAAAUAAAAUAGCGUGUGUUUGCAUGUA